AUUUAUACCGCCUUCUUUUGCAGUCUUAUAUAUAAACACUCAUUUUUCUCUCCCUCUCCCUCUCCCCUCUCCCCUCUCCCUCUCAGACGCUCAGCAGUGGUGGAUGAGCUCCUGAAAGAUGUUCAGUUUGAUUGGGAGAUCAUGUAGAGUUGCUGAGAUCGAUCAAUUCAUCGGAUCCACACUGGAAUUGGUGGUUAAUAGCUUGCAUUUUCGUCUGCUGAGCUUCUGAUUUCAGUCCACAUUGAAGACAGAUAAUUGAAAAUGGAUAAACGGAGUUGGCCUUGGAAGAAGAAAUCAUCUGAAAAAGCAGUAACUAUUGAUUCUCCUGCUGCAACUCUGUCUAGUUUGGGAGGCAAUCAAGUGGAUCAGGAAAAUGCCAAAAGUGUAAACUAUGUACAAAUUUCAGAAGAAUCAUAUGCACAACUGACUGCAUUGGAGGAUGAAGUUAAAUUCCUAACUGAAAAACUAACUUCCGCCCAAUCUGAAAUCACCACAAAAGAGGAGCUUGUAAAACAGCACGUGAAAGUUGCUGAAGAAGCAGUCUCAGGCUGGGAAAAGGCUGAAGCAGAAGCCUUGUCAUUGAAACAGCAACUUGAAUCUGUGACAUGGCUAAAGCUUACAGCUGAAGAGCAAGGGUCCCAACUUGAUAGUGCUCUUAAGGAUUGUAUGAAGCAAAUCCGGAGUGUGAAGGAAGAAAGUCAGCAAAAAUUACAGGAUGUAGUGCUUGCAAAAACUAAGCAAUGGGAAAAAAUAAGGUCAGAACUGGAGGCCAAGAUAGAUGAUUUUGAACAAGAACUACUGAAGGCAUCUGCAGAAAACGCUGCACUUUCACAGUCCUUUCAAGAGAGAACUAAUGUGCUGAUCCAGGUCAGUGAUGAAAAAACUCAAGCUGAUGCUCAGAUUGAAGUGGUGAAAAGCAAUUUACAAUCAUGUGAAAGGGAAAUAAAUUCUUUGAAGUACGAACUGCAUAUAGUCUCUAAGGAACUUGAAAUUCGCAAUGAAGAAAAGAAUAUGAGCAUAAGAUCUGCUGAAGUAGCAAGCAAGCAACAUGCAGAAGACGUCAAAAAAAUAACAAAACUUGAAGCAGAGUGCCAAAGGCUAUGAGGUCUUGUUCGAAAAAAGUUGCCUGGACCUGCUGCAUUAGCUCAAAUGAAGUUGGAAGUUGAAAAUUUAGGCCGGGUUUAUGGGGAACCAAGAAUGCGGCGAUCUUCACCUAGGAGUUCCAGCCCACAUUUUGCACCAGCUCCAGAUUUUGCCUAUGAAAAUUUCCAGCAGUUCCAGAAAGAGAAUGAGUUUCUUACUGCACGAUUAUUAUCUAUGGAGGAGGAAACAAAAAUGCUAAAAGAGGCAUUGUCAAAACGAAAUGGUGAGCUGCAAACUACAAGAAAUUUGUGUGCUAAAACAGUGAACAGGCUUCACACCAUUGAAUCACAUAUGCUUGUUCUGAACCAACAAACGGGUCCUUCAAAACCAGAUAUCAAUCUGAUCCUUGAAGAUUCAUUAAAUGAGAGCAACCUGCCAAGCAAGUCCUCAAUGCCAUUAGAUGUUAUUGAUGAGGAGGGUAGCUGUUUGGAAUCUGGGGAAGGCACAUUAUCAGAGUUCUCAAACUUAAAUAAAGAAGAAGAGGUUGACAAGGCUAAGAAAACAGACAAGUCCAGCCACAUGGAUCUUAUGGAUGAUUUUCUGGAGAUGGAGAGAUUUGCCUGUUUAUCGACAGGAACAGAUAAAAAUGUCAUCCUUCCUAAAAGUGAAACCGGAAAGGCAAUUAGUGGGAAUGCUGAUACUACUCAAAUUGUUCAGAAUGAUGGUGGUAAGGGUCAAUCAAAGCUGAUGUUCUCAUGCACGGGACAACUUGAGAAGCAAGUUGCAUCAAAGGGAAAUAAUGUUCCACUGUCAGAACUUCAGUCAAGAAUUGUUUUGCUAUUUCAAUCUCAAUUAGUGGAGCCCAACUUGAAUAAAGUCUUGGAGGAAAUCAACCAUAUAGUCCAACAUGUACAAGAAGAUUUGCCUCUGAAUUCCAGCAGUUGUAUCAUUGAGGAAAAUCUGUCUGCAAAUGCUACUAAUGAUCAACAACAAUAUCCAGAGGAUGCAAGGGAAACUGCAAAAAGUGGUACAUCCUUGGAGCAAAUAUCAACCUCAUUUAUAGACACCAAGCACGCCAUUGAUCAAAAGUUGAAGAAUGCCAUUUCUCAAGUUCAUGAUUUUGUGAUCUCUUUUGGUAGAGAUGCUCUGAAAAUUCAAAGUACGUUUUCUGACAGUCAUGAACUGGAUGAAGAGUUUAAGAAAUUCUCUGCAUGUGUUGACAGAGUUCUCUCGGAAAAGAUGGUUUUAGAUGAGUUUGUAAUUGCAUUGUCUAAUACCAUGUUUGCUAUGAGUGGGUUGACUUUUAACAUGUUCAAGACUAAGCACAGUGAGGGUGAAAACAGUUCUGAUUACGUAGACAAAGUAACGCUGCUAGAGAAGAAAAUAACUCAACAUGAACCAACGAAAGAAAGAUCCUUACUUGACUCUCAUCAACCCCCCACAUUGAAGGUUGAAGAGCCCAUUGAUUCUGCCUAUGGGGUAAUGCCCACGAUUGAUGAGUGCUCAUCAGAAGAGUUGGAACAAUUAAAGCUGGAGAAUAAGAACUUGAAGGUGGACCUUGCUAGAUGUACUGCAUCACUGGAACAGACAAAAAUUCAGCUGGUUGAAACAGAGCAGCACUUAUCCGAGCUUAUAUUAGAGCUAGGUGCAUGCCAAAAAUCAAAUAGUUUGGCUCAGACACAGUUGAAGUGUAUGACUGAAUCAUACAAGUUGCUGGAAACUCAAACUCAGGAAUUAGUAACUGAGAUAAACCUGCUGCAAUUGAAGGCAGAAACAUUGGAAAAGGAUCUUCAAGAAGAAAAGCAUUCCCAUCAGGACUAUUUGGACAAAUACAAAAACCUUAAAGAGAAGAUGGAAAGGAAUGAGAAGCUUGCAAGUUGCUCCCUUCCUUUAGAUGCUGAUGCAGGUCCCAAGGCUCAACAGGAGAGAGAGCUUGCAGCAGCUGCUGAGAAACUUGCAGGGUGUCAGGAGACUAUUUUUCUUCUCAGCAAGCAACUGAGAGUAAUGCACCCACCGCUAAUGGACUCCUCUCCUAAUGACAAACAGAGGAAGAGUGAUGCUUCUUUGGAAGAUCAACCAAGCCUAAUUGGCUUUCAUUCUCCAACUAUGCCCAGUCCACAGCAGUCAGACCAGGCACAGAGGGGAAAUUUUUCUGCCUUUAAUUCGAAGAACACAGGUGAAUCCGCUUCAGAUGUGUGAGAUCUGUAUGUGGGCCUAUCUAAGACUGAAUCGAGCUCUUUUUUGAGAUCUCCUAUUAGCUCCAAGCCCCAAAAGCAGAGGUCAUUGAGAUCAUCUGAGUCUUCAAACUUCAGUACAAUAGUGCCUGAGAAGCAAGGGCGGGUCUUCAGCAGAUUUUUCUCGAAAGGGAAGAGUGGCCAAUAGUAUGUGGAUAUACUGUAAUGCAUGAUGAUUUUUGAGUCAACCUGAUUACUCAGCUUUCUUAAAGUUCUUGCCGUGUAAAAUAUGUAUACCAUUUCAAAGCCAUUCGCCCAUUGGUCUUGUCAGUUACCAUUGUGCCCAAACAGAGUUCAUUGCUAUAGUAGAAGUUACAGGACGCAUGUUCUUUAUCAUUGCAGACGUUGAGAAAUUUGCGCAUUAGGCGUUUCACAAGUUUCAGAAGCAGUCUCACUGUAUGUUGGCAUAAAGGAUUAUGUUCCUAGUUUUCCUUUAAAGAUGAUUUAUUUAUUUUAUUUA